GUUUCAGUUUUUCAGACGUCAACAUCACAACGUGUCUGUCAAUUGCCUUUGACAAAUUCGACAAAAUGAAAGGACAUCUGGUUCUGACAGCCUUCGUCUGUGUUUGCUUGCAGAUGAACGAUGCCCACUUGAUUGUGAGAGGGCCUUCAGAUCCCAUUGUGGCUGGGGCUAUAGUGACUCUGGAGUGCUUUGAUUCAAACGCCACUGCGAACAUGAGCCAAGUCCAUUUUGAGAGGUCUUCCAAGUACUCAGGAUGGUACCGGCUGGACUCGGACCGGUAUUACCGAGGUUUCUGUUCCUGGCGCUACUUUGAGAUCGACCAGGAAGGAGGCCAGCUGCGGCUCACCGCCUACAAUGUCCAGAGCUACAUGGAUGGACUCUACCGCUGCGUGUCCGAUGAAGAUAUUCCAGGGGCAGACAAUGUGUCUAUUCCUCUGUCCAUCACUGUUCACUACAUGUACGACCUGUCCUUCAGCAGAGGGGGCCUGGCUGGCUACUACAACCGUUACCUGGACAGCAUGCAGGAUCUCCGCGUGCCACUAGGGAGCGACGUGGAGGUAAACUGCUCCGCCAGCGCGUCUGAGACUCCGGAGUUCUUCUGGCAGAAGGAGGGUAGUGACUGGAUCCUGCCCUCCAAGACUUUGAGCCUGAGGAAGGUGUCUGCGGCUGACGCAGGGACCUACACCUGCACUGCCAAGCACCCCAGUGUGGCCUCCCUCACCAAGUCACGCUCCUUCAACCUCACCGUCCUACCAGAGGACGCCUGCUGGUACCAGUCCACCGACGGGCGCAUCGUCCUGGCGAGCGGGGCGGCUGGCGUGGUGCUGCUGAUGCUGGUGGUUGCCAUGGCGGCCUUCCUCUGUCGCCGAGCCAAGCCCAGGCAGACCAAGGGACCCAUUGAUGACCACUCCCAGACAAAGCCAAUCUACAAAGGGAGCAACGAGUCUCUUCCCUCCACGACUGGAGACAACCAGCCUCUGGUGUAAAACACACUAGCGGUGCGCAAGGGGGCAAGCUGAAAUGAUGGGGGGGAUGCGGUGACGGAGAGGUGAAAAACGAUUGAUGGUUUGGGUUCCAAUGGGAUAUCGGGCUUGGGCGUUUAUGGCGGACGGACGGACGGACAGAAUGAGGGCCCACUUCAAACCAGAGCAUUCAUAAGGAUGUGUGAGAGCAAGUGAGAAGGUUUUUUUUUGUUGUUGGUUUUUUUUUCCCCUCCAUCUCCCGCCUCCCUGUUUUUAUCACAGAACCUGUCUAAAUUCAAUAGGCAGGAGUGCUCUUCAGCAGAAGGUGUGCAAUUUUCUCUAUAUUGAUUUCGCAGCUCAGAAAAUUGAGAUUCACACUUCUUAUCGCAGACGGGAGGGAGCUUCCUCGUGUGUCACAUAUAUAGAGGAAAAAUAAAUAUAUAUUUUCAGUCUGUUCUUCCUAGUGUUCUCCGCAGAGGUGAACCUCAGCAGAAGGCUCUCCUUCAGUUUUUCGGACUAUCUCCUUAGUUGUUCUAUGAUGAAAUGGUGUGUCUAUUUUGGAAACCACUCCGUUGAAAUGGAAUUCUUAAGUGUGGUGUAAUUUUCUUUUUCAAUGGCGGUGAAUGCUGUUACUUGGCCGUUCUCUCAUCUGUUGCUGCUCAAAAACGAUGAUGAAAAGCUGCACCAGUGAUUUUAAUCGCACUUCGACACUUUGCAUUUAAGACGUGUAUUACAAGCGAUGUACUAUUACUGCUUUUUUUUCUAAAUGGGUUGUUGGGGGGCUUCAAUAAAAUGGUAUCAGCCACA